GCAUCCAUUUAUCCAAAAUAUUUGUGUUUCCGUUUUUUAUUUUGUUUUAAGGUUUUUCUACAUUCAAAACCACACAAAAGGAUUUGCCUGGAACAUGAAGAGUAUAGUGGCUCAGACGGAAGGCCAGCUGCGGCCGGUGAAGGUGUCCCGCUUUGUUUCGGUGCUGAAGAGUUCCCUCGGCGAAUCUCAGGGCAACACCAGCGCGGUCUACAAGGUGGUGGCCCGGAUGACGGCUGGCCAGGUGGAGUUCCGGUGGUCGCCGCACCUGGCCUCGCUGGCCGGCCGCCCGGACGAGGAGACCCACGUGCUGUGGCGGCCGUACGUGAGCUUCAACACACGCCUCACGCGCAAACUGUCCGGCGCCAUGGAGCGACGCGGCUCCAGCAUCAACUUCCUGGGCCGCAGUCUGGCCAAGAAGGGCUCCCAUCCGCGCGUCUCGACCUGCGUCCUGCCGGUGAAGACGCGCCAUGCCCCCAAAACGGUGCAGGGACGCGAGUGGCCCAUCUGGCGCCAGUCCUCGGUGCGCCCGCUGCUCCUGCCCUCGUCCAACCUGUGGACGGGUGUGCUCAGCCAGCGUUUCUAUGUGCCCAGGCUGCGGCCCGUUGAGGAGGAUGAGGUAGAACGGCGGGCGGUGCCCCAGCUGACGAUCACCAGGGAGCAGGCCGAGGAGGAGGAGCAGCAGCUCCAAAGGCGAAGGGAUGGCAGUCGCCUCCGCAACCAGCACUCGCCGAUUCCCAUGACGUCAAGGGCGUUCGAGGAGGAGGACUUCCAGGAGCACAGGGAGCAACAUGUGCGCCAUCGCAAGCCCUACCUGCCCAGCGAACUGAUGACGCCCCAAAUGGCCAGCAAGUGGCAAACCUCCAACAGCCUCGCCAGGGGGCACAGGGAGCAGCAGCUGCUGAAUCUCGAGCAGCAGAUGAAGACCCAGCCAACAGUUCGGAUGACAACGCAAACCUGGGUGAGCGGCAAUCACAGAAGGCACCGCAGUCGGCAGCCCAGCGCCCCAAGGGUUCCGGUUGUCUCCGAGCUCGAGGGCUGGCGGAGAUCGGCCAACCACCAGCCAGUGCCCACCUUCGAGGGCAAGCCCGCCGAGCAGGAGCGCCUGCGCCACGCCAGCUGUAAGACCAGCGCCAGGAGCAUGAAGGACGUCCAGGAGACCAGCAAAAUGGUCUGGGAGCCUGAGGAGAAGGCACCGUGGGGUCGCACCAAGGAGACCGCCGGCCAGUCUGGACGAAUGCCCACCAUCCGGGCGGCCAAGUCGGCUCUCCCGCUGGCCCAGGAGUCGCGGAGCAAGCACCACAGGCUGAUCACCAAGGAGGUGGUCUACAGGCCCCGCGAGGCGAACCCGGAGGCGGAGCACGAGCAGGCGCAGGAGGAGGCAGAUCCCCGCCAUCGUCCCACCGGUGGAGGCAAGAGGGGGGCGAAACGAUCGCCGGAGCGGGAGUUGCUCAAGCAGCACCUGGCCGACCUGCUGGCCUCGGUGCAGGAUCCCGGCUCCUUUCGGAUUGGCUACCAGCCGAAUGCGCCCACCCGGCAGCUGCUCGAGCAGGGCAAGUGCUAUGUGUCGCUGCGCCGGGACCAGCUGAUGCACCUGCAGUUCCCGCGGCCCAACUCGCUGAUCCAAGCGGCCGACCUGGAGGUCAGGGAGUCGCCCCGUAACAACGCGCCAGUCACCACGCUGCAUCGCAAGGACGGUGCCAAGCGACCGCGUCCCGUUGAGGUGGUGGUCAAGCCAUCGCUACUCACUGUGAUCCGGCAGCAGGCCGCCACCUGGGACCACAAUGGCCGGCGGGUCGACAAGCGGUCCAAUUCGAUGGCCGUGCGGCCCAAGAAGGAGGCCUCACUGCGGCACCUGGUUAGGAAUGCCUCCUCCCUGGAGUUCAUCGUCAAGGCCCAGCCCAGGCGCAAGUGGGAGCCCAAGCCGAAAUCGUCUGUCACCGACUUCCACAACGUGGUGAUCAAGAAACUGCCGCAGGUCAGCAGCACACUGGACAUCUGCAGGGCGGCGCAUCCCUUCAAGGACCUCGAGGAGCCGCGCACCAAGGAGAAGGAGGUGGCCGCCAGCUGGAAGCAGGCGCACGUGGCCAGGAACUACAAGUACGAGGCGUCCACCUCCUACAGGAGCGGCGCCCAUCCCGGCAGGCGGAGCUCCACGAGGGACAUGACCGAGGGCUACUUCCUGGCCAAGCGCAGCUCGUCGACGGCGGUCAAUAGGCCACAGGGAUCCUCCAGAAAGGUCAAGCCACCCAGGCAGCCGGUGGUCAGUCCGAAGGUUCAGGUUCCCAGCGUGCAGCGCAAGCAAAGGUCCCAGGACGACCCCGACGAGGAGGCCACCAACCCGCCCCACGUUAGCCAUGGAGAUAGUCGUGCCCGGCCGGCAGCGAGAAGCACACGAUCCGUUUUUACAAGCAAAUCCCGGACCAGCAAAGGCAAAUCCACGUUCGAAGCGGAAUUCCAAAUUGAGCAGUGAACACAACAAUCAUACACAGUAUACACACACACACCUGGUGAAUCGAUGCUCCUCCCCGGAGGCCCCUUUGGAACCGGAAGACCCCCUUCAAGCUAUUCUAUCCCCAGUCACUCGCCCACUUUCAGAACCGAAAAUUCCAAAACCUGGACGGACCCCUUGCGUGAGAAUCGAUCGCACCCAUCGUCAUUCGGCACAUCCUUGGUAGUUCUUUUUCAAACUCUUUGUCCUGGCCUGUUUUUAUAUAGAUACUGUUUUGGAUAAUAGAGACAGCCGUUUCCAGACCGUUUAAGUUGAGAGAUUAGUGUUGCUAGGUGUCGAGAUCGUAGUCGUUGCAUACGUAUUGCCCACUGCCAAAAAUGUCGAGCCCAAUACGCUUUAUAAUAUGGACAGAAGUGACACUAUGUACAAAUUCUGGAAUAAAAACGGAAAUAAUGGAUGUCUCGAAA